GUUUAUUUCUUUCUCUCUUUCCCUGCCUUCCUCCCUUCCUCUCUCUCUUUUGUCCCUUUCUCUCUCUCUCUCUCUCUUUCUCUCUCUCUCCACACAUACAAAGCAUGACGAGUGCAAUUCCCAGUAGUGCAGCAGAUGUGAUGCCACAGAGAGAGGGCGGUUGAGUCUCUCUCUGUUCUCAUUACAGUGAGAGAGAGAGAGAGAGAGAGAGAGAGAGGGUGAGAGCGAGAGGAGGUGGAGUUUCAAACACAUCAGGUGCUCAGAGACGGAGAGAGGAGUGAGUAGACUGCUGGACAUCCAACAGCACCACAGCAGAGAGCAUGAAUAACCAUCAGAGCGUCCACAGAGGCUGCAGCAGACUCCACUGGACAAGCAGAAGAGUCAGAGAAGGUCCAUUUACGGAUGUGAGCAUGUGAUGAGAGUCCAUGUCUGUGAGCUUCACUCUCAGCAGCAUCCCUCGUCCAUCAGUCUAUCCAGCUGGGGGGAAAAUGUCCAGUCUUUGAGGUGACACAGUGGAGGGGGGUCACUGAGUCUCAUGGUGCAGUCUCACAGUAGCAUGCGCUCACUCCAAGAACAGGAGGCCAUCGUUCAGACGCUGCACUGUACGAUGGUUGGGAAGCAGAGGAAGCAGUGGAGGUCAGUGUGUAAGGGUCUGAUUCUGGGGACCCUCCUGACCAGCUGCAUGAUUCUGCUUUACUGCCUGUCUGCUCCAGAGGUGCAGUUCAGCCUGCCAGAUGUUCCUGUGCCUUACUCAUGCUCCCAUCACCCAUCUCCUGCCUACCCUGUAGCUGCUUCCAACAGUGUCCAUGGACAGGAGCAACGCUGCACCCCAAAGGUGGACAUCAUGUUCUUAAAAACCCACAAAACAGCCAGCAGCACCAUCCUCAACAUCCUGUUCCGCUUUGGGGAGAAGCACCGCCUGAAAUUUGCCUUCCCCAGCAGCCGGAAUGACUUCUUCUACCCUUCGCCUUUCCACCGCUCGCAGGUGAAGGACUACAGGCCCGGGGUGUGCUUCAACAUCAUGUGCAAUCACAUGCGCUUGAACGAGGCCGAGGUGGCCAAGGUGCUUCCAGCUGACACCAGCUAUAUCACCAUCCUGCGAGAUCCAGCAGAGCUUUUCGAGUCUUCUUUCCAUUAUUUUGGCCGCCUGGUGCCUCUCACGUGGAAGAUCUCUGGGGAAGAUAAACUUGGAGAGUUCCUGAGAGAGCCUGAGGUUUAUUACGACCCUGAGGGCUUCAACUCCUUCUACCUCAAGAACUUACUGUUCUUUGACUUUGGGCAGGAUAAUAAUUUACCAGCGGAUGACCCAAGGGUGGAAGAGGGCAUCCAGGCCAUUGCCCAGCGCUUUGAGCUGGUCAUGCUGGUGGAGCACUUUGAUGAGUCACUAAUCCUCCUAAAGGACACCCUCUGCUGGGACAUGGAGGACCUGCUGUUCUUCAAGCUAAACGCUCGGAAGGGCUCCACCGUCUCCAAACUGACCCCAGAGCUCAGAGCUAAAGCUUUAGAAUGGAACUCUAUUGACUGGAAGCUUUACCAGCACUUCAACACCACCUUCUGGCAGAAAGUGGAAGCGUAUGGCCUGGAGCGCAUGGCAAAGGACGUUGCUGAGCUGCAGCGCAGAAAUGCAGAAAUGGCCACCACCUGCAUCGAGGGCGGCCACGCUGUGGACGCCGGGAGCAUUCAUGAGACUGCGAUGCAGCCGUGGCAGCCCAUAGGUGAAAAGUCCAUUAUGGGAUACAAUCUGAAAAAGAACGUGGACAAAGCUCAUAGGAAACUGUGCAGAAAGAUGCUGACCCCAGAGCUGCAGUACUUAACAGACUUGGGGGUCAACCUGUGGAUCACGAAACUGUGGGGCCACGUGAGGGACAUCCUUCACUGGUAGACAAAGCAGGAUCACACUGCUCGACCACUGACCUUUACUGUAAACUUUAAAGAUGACCACUGAUCCCUGUGAAACAAACUGAAGCGUAAUAUAAGUAGUACACAGACUUUGUCAAUGUCCAGCAGAUUUUAAUGUCAUUUCAGUUGGUCAGUUUUAGAUUUCAUAAAGCCGCAUCACAGCAGUGGACAGGAUUGUGAACUGGUGCUUGAGUCAAUCAUAAAACCAAAUCAAUGACACUCAUUACAUGACCUCAUGUUCCUAUCUGAUGUCUGUAUGAUGUUUUUUUGCCUUCUUUUUUUUGCACGCUGCCAAUACCGUAUCAGUAAUGUUCCCUCAUUGACUCUUAUUGGCCGAAAUGAAAUCAUGUGGUGGGGGGGUGGGAGUGGUGCCACAAUACCAAGCAUUCCUGUUUUGUUUGUCGUAUCAGCAGCCACUGCUAAUAUGAUAACAUGUUCUGCCUAAAGAGCAAAGGACAACACUGCGCUGAAGCACAAGUGCACCUCAGCUCUGUGUAGACAGAAUGAAUAACGAGUCCAUUGGUUUAAAGGAGGCAGAUACCAAAUGUGACAUUAUAGUAAUACAGCAAUAAAAUAAA